AUGUCUAAAUAUAUGAAAUCAAGAUACGAGUAUUCAAAAAAAAGGAAAGACUUUGGACGGCAACCUCUUUUCCAAAUAGUUCCAGCCCAUCUCCUAGAUUCAAUAAAUUCGAAUAAGGAAGAGCAAAAACUGUACAUUCUCCGCAAUCCAGUACAUCGACAAGUGCAAGCAACAAUGCCACAAGCGGAACACGAUGCAAACACAAAGGAAUUGGUAACUCACGAACAAGGCAUAAAUCACACUGAAGGUGGAUGGCCGCGUGAAGUCCAUCUUUAUAACGAAGACCACGUUAUAAGGCACAGACGUCGUGUGCAACAUGAAGACAAUUAUAUACACACAAUUUUGAGCCUGAAACCUCAAAUAGAACAUUAUAUUGACCAAAACAAUGCUAUAGAUAUGUAUCAAACGUACUUUUCAGGUAUGAACCCACAACCACCUGUAGAGGAGUAUAGUGUUCAAAUUGCUAAUGCGUAUCCCGAUCCUUAUAAACGUCCAGUAUCAUGUAUUGUCUGGACUAACGAACAACUUGCCCGCUUAGCCGUAUCAUACUGCUAUAAAACGAUAGGAAGUAAUUCAAAUGGAAUAAACGAUUGCUAUGUAUGGGAUAUAAAAAGACAGACAUCUCCAAUCUCCCAAAUGCUACCAGAAUGCCCUUGUUGGCAGUUAGCUUGUUCACCCGAAGAACCUGAAAUUUUCAUUGCAGGACUUGAAAAUGGUACGGUUACUAUAUUCGAUGUUCGUAAAGGCAAAAAUGCAGUUUCUAAGAGCUCUAUUUACAACUCUCACUUCAGCCCAGUGUCAGCUUUGUUAUAUACGCACUCUAGAACUAAUACACAAUUUUUUACCGGUUCAUUAGAUGGUAAAUGUCUCUGGUGGGAUACAAGGAAUUUAUCUGUCCCAUUAGAUCAAUUAUCUAUGUCAAUAAAAUUUCCAGUGGAAGAAAGUAGUGAAGGUGUAAGCUGUUUAGAGUUUGAUCGUGGUAUACCUACAAAAUUCCUGUGUGGUACAGAGUCCGGAUUAGUUAUCAAUGUCAAUCGCAUGGGUCGAACUCGCUCCGAAAUCUUAACGUCAUAUUGGGAGGCACACACAGGGCCAGUUCGUGCAAUACACCGCAGUACAUGUACACUGAGGAUGUUUAUAACAUGUGGAGAUUGGACUGUCCGCAUCUGGAGCGAGGAAGUGCGAUCGGCACCGAUAAUUGUUACAAAACCAUUUCGCUACCAAGUGACCGAUGUAACUUGGGCACCAUUACGAUAUUCAAGUUAUAUGGUCAUCUGCGAGGGUGGUUACUUUUAUUAUUGGGACAUAUUACGGAAUUGCAGUGAGCCUGUAACGACUCGGCAUGUGUCUAAGAAUGGAUUAACUAAGCUAACUCCUCAUGUUGAUGGAAAAUUAAUGGCAGUUGGUGAUAAUCAAGGAACGGUAUUUUUGUUGAAACUUUCUGAAAAUAUGACAAUUCCUGGAGAAUGUGAUAAACAACUCGUAAACCAAAUAUAUAGCCGCGAAACAAAGCGUGAGCAUAUUUUAGAUAUGAGACUUAAAGAAAUCCAUUUAAAACAACGUGUAAAUGAGAAAACAGAAAUGUCGUCUAUUGGUGAUAGCACAGGAGAUGAUGACAUCGAGCGUCAUACUGAAGAAGAGUAUUUCAAUAUUGUCAAACAAGAACUACAGCAAAUGGAAGAAAGGAGAUCAUCAAAUUAA